AUGACUGACCCUUCGCACAACUUAUCUAAAUGUGCAAGCAAGAUUUGGAUCGAAUACGUAGAGAAUGUAAAAGAUGUGAAUGAGUUUGUGAAUGGUAUCUUUUUGAUGCAAGCUGCAGUGCAAGAAUAUGAGAAUAGAUAUGUAAAUGCGGAUGACGAUGGGCAAUCACUGGUUGAUGCAGGGUUUAAGUUGGAUUUGCCUGUGCAAUUUUCUAUGAAAAUUGCACAGAUUCUCCUUUCUGAAUCGCCAAUUCUCAUCAACGGCCGGCCCUGUCAGUCUGUCGUAGAAGGGCUGACCAACUUCUACCUCUCGAGACUUUGGCAUAAGAAAUAUAACUGCCAAAGUAAUGAACUUUUUUCCAUAUUUACCGGGAAUUUGGAUGGAGGUGUGGGCAAAGUAGACCUAGAUGACACACCUCAAAUGAAGCUUAUCAAUUAUCUUAAGAAGGAUCUGCCCAAAUCGACCAUUAAACGACUUGACAUGAGACAGUUUGAAAUUACAAAGGAAUUUAUCGAUAAUGACAGCGUAUUGAAGGAUUUUGUUGCCAAAAACUGCCCAAAUCGUCCUAUUGAGACCAAUCUACACAGGGAUGAUAGGCUUGACCAUUUCACACCUUUUAUCCAGUACAAUCUCAAAUGCGCCCAGCGGGUUAUCCAAAAAACUACGGAAAUGGCGAACCAAUCUUCCCACUUUACCCACAAUCCCAAAUCAAAUGCCACCAGAUCUAGACGCAAGCACAGCAAUUAUAACAAUGGUAACGUGACAAAUGGUCGCAAAAUUGGAAAUAAUGAGGAAGAAAAUGGAAUGUAUGAACAAAAUUCUUACCUAAUGCAGCACCAAUUUACUCAGAUGCAAUCUAUGAACCAACAAAUGUGUAGACAAGUUAUACCGCAGAAAAACACUCAACAAGAAAAUUUUCAGGCCGAUGAAGCUUACAAUGGAAUUAAACGGAAGGAGGUGUCAAAUUAUCCAGGCGAUCUAUUAAUGGGUACAAAUAAAAGAAUGAAAGUUAUGGAUCCAGAGAUGGAGAAGUAUGAAUCUCUUAUUGGAGGAGAUAUUAGCGAAGAGAUCAUAAAUUGGGUCCUUAAAAUGAAGCUUUCGCACGUGGAAAAAGUACUGGAAACAGAUAUUGUGGGCCUAUAUGAUGUGAAGAAGAUGAUUAAGGAUAAAAUUAUUUAUCCAAUUUUGCGGCCUGAUUUACAUAAGGGGUUACACCGCGCUCCAAAGGGCAUUUUAUUUUUUGGCCCACCAGGUACAGGCAAAACAACACUAGCAAAAUGGAUUGCAAGCCAGUCAAACGCCACCUUCUUUGAGGUUAGUCCCAGUUCUAUAACAAGCAAGUAUCACGGAGAAACGGAGUCAAUAAUCCGUGCAUUGUUCAUGGUUGCAGAACUUAAUGCUCCAUCAGUAUUGUUUAUUGACGAAGUAGACAGUGUACUGGCAAAGAGAAAAGAUAACGAUGAAGACUAUUCCAUCAGGAUGAAGACACAAUUGCUACAGAUGAUGGAUGGGCUGACAAAUAAGACAGAUUCCAUAGUAAUAGUUGUUGCUGCCACUAAUCGACCGGAGAUAUUGGACGAUGCCGGUUUACGGCGUUUUACCAGAAGAAUACUCAUACCUUUGCCUAACCACGAGUCUAGGAUGCUAUUCAUUAGGAACAUUUUGACCAAACAUCAAACUAGUUCUUAUCUAAAGGAUGAACAUUUGGCAGAGAUUAGUGAUAAAACCGAGGGCUGGAGUGGGAGUGAUUUACUCAAUCUUUGCACAAAGGCAGCCGAAUUUUCCUACGAUGAAACGAUACAGAAACAUGGCGGAAUUGAGAAUGUACCAGAUUCAUCAGCCUUUAGGGCGAUCAGCAUUGAGGACCUUAGGAAAUCUUUGGAUCACAUAAAACCGUCGUCGCUCGCCAAUGACAAAUUGGAUGAUUGGGGGUCUUGUUUUGGAUCAAAAUAA